AGAAAAAAAAAAAAAACUUGUUACAAGAUGGCGGCGGCGGACUGCUGGUACACUGGAAAACAAUAGAAACAGCUAGAGCGAGAGUGGAGUUUUAUUUGUUCGCUAUUGCGUUUUCUUUUCGCUCGGUUCGUCUACACGCCGGCUCCGUGUCGGUUGUUCUCGGGUGUGAGUAACUUUUACGGCUCGCUAUCGGCGAAAGGGAUUUAUUUAUUUCCAGCAUGCUUUGUUAUUAGGGCUAGUUAGCGCUAGCUUGCUAGCUUAGCUACAUCCGUAGCUUCGCUCAGUACUAUCUAGCUCUAUAGUUUUAAUACAGAUCAGCUGUUAGCCAGCUAGCAAUUCUUUUAAAGAGGAAAAAAAAAAAAAGUUGUGAAAGUGGAUAACUUCCUGCUUUAAUCCUUUAGUGGAUGAGGACCAUUUUUAUCCUGGCUGUUUUUUUACACGAUAUAGUUGUUUGUGUCAGAAAUGUUGAAAGUUUGAUUGAGAGGAGAGGAGAGUCCAUUCUGCUGGAAGAGGCUAAGUUGGGUGAAAAGUCUAAGUAGAAGAGGAACGCUGUAUCAUCCCAGGACGUGAGACGCACACACACACGUCUAAUAUAUUUUUUUUCCUUCACGUGAUUCUUCUGUAAAGCGAUGGUUUACUUCUGGUGAUGUCUUCCCUGGACCAGUUAGUUUAUUAACUAAAACUAUCUGCAGUUUGAUCGUGUUGAUAGUCCGUGUCCACCUCUGCACUGAAAGCUCUGCUCAUAAAGAUUUUAUUCCUGGUGUUUACUGAAGGAAAAGUUUAACAAUCUCUUAUGGAUUUAAGGUUGUAAAAACUUUCUUUUUGAUGAAAGCUGUGGAUGGCUGAAUUGGAUGGCUUAACUUUUACCAUUCGAGAUGCCGUGGAGAUUAGAAAAGUCUGUAUUGAGUCAAUAGUGUAGAAAUACUGGGUAAGUUUGACUUGGAUGUGUAUGAUCGGGGUUUGGGAUAAGUCGUACGUGUAAAAGUUGUUUUGUUUUGUUUUUCGAUGGAAAAAACUGAAUUUCGAUUUUUUUCUUGCUGUGAUUUUGUGUAGGCGUGUGUGAGCUCUCAGACUGGCCCGACAGUUAACGCCAGAUCGCUAAACUAUGUCGGAGUUGUUGUCGUUGUGGUGGUGCUAGAGCACUAUUUGGCAAAUAUUGACUGAAAUGGAGGCAGUUAAGUGUGUUUUGUAAUAAAUAAAUAAAUAAAUAAAUAAAUAAAUAAAGGUGAAAGGACAGGGGGUUCGAGUCGCCCACACGCCGUAAGGAGGGGGGGUCAAAAAGAGAAGAAGAAGAAGAGCCAGGCGAAAUCAGCGAGACUGAAGUUUUUUGGCUGACUUUAAAAAAAAAAAAAAGCGUCUCGGUAGCGCGUGAACGCCAUGGCGGAUUAUGUGGUGUCGCGGCACAGCGCGGUGAUGGAGCGGCUCCGGCGGCGCAUCGAGCUCUUCCGGCGGCAUCACAACAACUGCGAGAGCCGCUACGACAACACGGCCAUGGAGCGCCUCGAACUCGAGAGGCAGCAAACUUUCGCCCUGCACCAGCGCUGCUUACAGACCAAAGCCAAGCGCUCCAACAAACACCGACAGCCGCAGACGGGAAGCGAGCAGGCGGCGCAGAGAAGCACCGGGAACGCGGAGAGCGCGGAGGGAGGAGGAGGAGGAGCAGGAGGAGGAAGCGCGCCUGGAGAGCAGAGCCGUAACAGCACUCUGAUCGCGCUGCACGAGACAGUGAAGAGGAAACUGGAGAACGCCAGUCCUCCUAGUGGCCGGGACCAGGUAAAUGGAUUCAGUGAUGGUUACCCCCAAGCCAAAAAGUCAUGUUUGGAGGAUGCUUUGGGAAGUUUAAAUGGGACGUCAAAUGGCGGCAUGCCCCCUCUUUCACCCAUGGACACCAAGCAUGGUGUAGCUGCUGAUUUGGCACUGAAUGGUGCACCAGCUGUGGGUACUGCUGAGCAAAAUGGCGUCACUCUAGCCACGGAAUCUGACAUCCGCCUGAAGGAGCUAAAGCAAGAACCCAUGGAUGAUAUCCUGCCUACCGGUGGGGGCAACGGCAACAUCAUCCUGCCUGACCUCAACCUGAAUGAACAGGAAUGGACUGAGCUCAUGGAGGAGUUUAAUCGCUCUGUGCCUUAUGAAGAAAUUCAAGAGCUUUUCAACGAUGGUUUUGAGGACCGCAAAGAAUCUGAGGUGCCGUCUGGCACUGUGGCACCUACUAGCCUUCUCCCCACAGAUCUUGCUGGCACAGUUAAGGCAGAGUUUUCUCCAGCACCAGCAUCUUCUGCCUUUGAACAAGACACGCGCACUGGGUCACCACAUAUCCCGUCCACCUCAUCGGGGCCUCCGAUGCAUGCCAGCUCCCCAAUCAUGCCCCCUGCCUCUGCCUCCUCACCUGCUCUGACAGGACACCAGCAUACACAGCAGCAGCCAAGUCAGCCCAGGCCGCUGCAAACCCACCUGAUGCCACCCAAAGACUUGUCACCAGCACAGCAGCUGCAGCAGCUAGCUGCUCGGGAGCAGCAAAGAGCACAGCUCAUGCAGAACCAGCACCAGGCCCAAAAGCAGCAGAAACAACAACAACAGCAGCAGCAGCAGCCGACGCCUAAAUUUCACCAGCAGUCCAAUCUUCCCUCCACUUGGCAGAGUGCCCCUCCUAAUCAGAGUCCGCUAGGAGGUGGCGCGUUUGGCCAGGAAAAGCCAAAUAGCCCCUCUCUCUACUCUUCCGACUUCCAGAAUCCCAAGCCCCUCCUGAUGCCCGGCCAGCAUCCCAGUAAGGGCUCCCCAAAAGCCAAUGCUCCAGGGGCAUACAUGCAGCCUAGUGGGCACCCAAUGAUGGGUCAUGGUGCUGCUCCAUCUGGAACCCUCAGCCAUCAACCAGCCUCUGGAGGCCAGACGGCCAUGUUGGACUACAACAACACCAAACCACUGAGCCACUUUGAGGCUGGAGCACCAAGAGGCCCUGUGAACCCACAGAGCCAGAACAAAGCAGCAAUGCUCAACCUCCUGCGCCAGCACCAGCACCAGCACCAGCAGCAGCAGCAGAUGAAGCCGAGGCCCACUGGCAUGCCGUUCAGACCCCCAACGCAUCUGCCACACACUCAGCAGGAGCCUGGUACUUACCCAUCUACCCCUCACGUCCCAGGCCCUGGUGCUGCCAUGGUAACACAGCCGGGUAGCAAUGGCAUGGCAGCUAACCACAAUAAUGCAGCAUAUCUGAGCCUGCAGAAGCAGCAAAUGCAGAUGAUGACUCAGCAGCAGAAACAGUUCCUCCAGAGACAGAUGAUGGCCGAGCAGGAGAAGCAGCGGCAGCAGCAGGAGCAGCAGAUGCAGAGGCACCUAACACGUCCACCACCUCAGUACCAGGACCAGCAGAACCCACCUACCCAGCAAAACCCAUUCCAGCAGCAGCCACAGGUCUCCCAGUUUCCAGGCUCGUCUCAGCCAAUGGGUAGCGUGAACUCCCUUGGAGGCCCAGCUCCUGGUGUCCCGCGCAUGUUUCCUCAAAAUCAAAGCAUGAUGGGAAUUAAUCAGGGGGGAGGUCCUGCCCCCGGUGCUCCUCCAGCAGGCAGUCAAGCAGAUCUGAGCCUGUCAUCGUGUGCGGGUGGACUUGAGGCCCAGCAGGUCAUAUACGGAAACAUGCCUAUGCAUCCGUCCCAUGCCAACCAGCAGAGACUGCCCGUUUCACCCAUGCAGAACUACAGGCACAACGUUCUAGCACAGCAGCAGGCACAUCUCAAACAGCAACAGCAGCAGUUGGCUCGUAUGCCUAACAAUAUGCCCGGUGCCAUGGCUAACAACAUGAGCUCCAUGCCCAGUUCAUUGCCCAAUACCAUAACCAGCAAUAUCCAGGCUGCAUUGCCUCCACAGGCCCAGUCGUGGCAGCAGCAGCAGCAGCAGCAUCCAGGUCUUCAGCAGGGCAUGGCUGGUCAGCCUAAUACCAACAAUGGUGCCUUACCCGCUGGCUUUCCGAACUCUAAUUUCCACAUGCAGCCCAGGAUGACCAAGCUGCCUGGGAGUGCACCCUUCAACCAGGCUGGCUUGGGGAAUGGUGCAGCAGGCAGGGCUAUGGUGGGUAUGAACCCGGGGCAGAUGAUGCCAAAUGUGGCCCAGCAUAGAGCCAACAGCGGCACCAUGGCACAGCAGCAGCCUCAACAAGGACAGUCAGCACCACCUCAGUCACAGCAGGUGCUGCCCGACCUGGGGCCGUUUGGGCAGCCGCAGGGUGGUCAGGUGCCUACCCGUACCGCAAGCAUGCAGUGCAACCAGGCCUACCAGGUCAAUCGGACACCCAGUCAGCAGAUGCCGUUUGCAUAUAACGCCCAGUCGGCGGGCGGCUUAGCCAGCUUUCCCGGGGAGAGCGACCUGGUGGACUCGCUGUUAAAGAACCAGUCUACGCAGGAAUGGAUGGAUGACUUGGAUGAGCUGUUGGCCAGUCAUCAGUGAUUGGCACUCGGACUAGAAACUUGAGUGAUGUGGACAUUACUGACUGUUCUAUGGUCAGAACUGCUGUACUGUGUGCAUGUGGGGGCGGGUGUCUGAGUAUUGGGCAUGAGAAGCCUGUGUGUUGAGUAUUCCUAGGGCUUUCAUGAUAAUGUGUAAAGCUAAACGAAAGAAAAAAAAAGUCUACUACUGAUCCUGUGGCUCAGUACUAAAACCACUGAAUCAUACCCAAAUUUGAUGGGUCAAAACGCACACAAAUACUCACACUGCUUUUGUUUUUCUUUUUGCUGUCGAGGCUAGAUAAAUGUGCCUAAAAUACUAGGUAUCCAGGCCAAGGCCAGGAAGACAAAGUCUGCAUAUUUGACAUAAUCAUGGACUGUAUUUGAGACCAUAGACUUGUACCGAGGAUAGCCACCUUCCUCACUCCUUUCAAACGAUUCUCACAAGCCUUAGUCAUAAAUCCAUGGCCUUAAAUCUACUGUCAUACCCACACACAUCUGUGACUGAUUCCACAACAGGGAGUUAGUUUAUUCCUCCUGUUCAGCGUAUUCAUUUGGCAGUAGAGUUUGGUGUGUACCGAGCAUCCCAAGUUUUUGUUCUUAGAAAACGUGCGGUUUAGGAAGUCGACGGUUCAGCAUUAUGCUAAAACACUAAAAUGUACGUUAACACCAUUUUUGUUCAACGUUACACUAAAUCAAAUGUUAUUCCCUUUAAACAUUUCUAACCAAUCAGAUAGGGGAAGGGGUGUCGUCUAAUCGCUUUUUUUUUCUUCUUCUUCUUUCCCCAAAGCUCCCCUUCCUGUGUUUGUUACAUUGGGGUAGAUUGAAUGUUCCACCUUGAGGAAAUGUGUAUGCGCGUGCGAGUGUGUGUGCACUUGGGUCUCAGUUGACGUAUGGCUUAUCUGUCCGCAUCUAGGAGCAAGUUUCUCAGUAUCUGACAGGGCUCCGUGUUUAUUUAUAUAUAUUUUUUGUAUGUAUGCAUUUCCUAAUGUUCUUAAGAAGAUAGAUCUUAUUUUUAUAUGUACAUUGUUGCCGAAUUUUUGUAAGUAUUUUAUACUUUUUAUUAUUGUUCUCUGCAAAAAAACGAGAGUAUUAUGUAAAUAUAGUUCUUUAGAAACA